CGGUUUCAUUUCGGGAAAUGGAAGACCGAGGAGGCCGACUUUGCUGGCCGCCAUUUGCUUCAGACGCCGGACGGGAUCGCAGUAGAUCAAGAGAAGUACAUUAGGGAACAGCUCUCGACGAUGUAUUUGACUAAGGACCGACGAUCGCAGCCAGAGUCGCCGUUGUCUCGAGACGAGAUCAGCUCGCAUCGUACCGUAGCAGUUCAGGUUCAGUGGCUCGCGAGGGAGUCGCGCCCGGACGUUGCCGGCUCGGCCUCUUUGCUAGCUGCAGCCUUGCCGGCGCCAAGUGUCGCUGACGCACUUGCCCUGAUAAAGGUCUGCAAGCAUGUGAAGGCGCCCCUGGAGCAGCGUCUGACGACAUGGGCGUUGGACCCAUCGUCGGUGACAUUUGUCACGGCGAGCGACGCUGGAGGUCCCGGGAGUGCUCGACGAGGGGGUGCGCAGGGGGCCUGGCUGAUCACGGUUGCCGAUUCGGCGAUCCGCGAUGACCGCAGGGCGCGCGUCAGCUUGCCAGCGUGGAGAUCACCGCGUAUCAAGAGGGCUGCGCCUAGCACCGUCGCUGCGGAAACGCUGGCGCUCCCGGGCGCCACAGGGGAGGCUCAGUGGAUGCAGGUGCUGUGGCGAGACGCAGUCUGGGGGGAUGUGCCACGGCCGGACUGGUUCGAAAAACAAGGUCCUUUCUCGAUGAUGCUGGCCCGCGAGUGCCAGCUGAGCGAG